AUGAACGUUUUUCGUGUUGAAGAGUUAAAGGAAGCAACCGAUAAUUUUGCGGAAAGUAAAGUAAUUGGGAAGGGAGGCAACGGUACUGUGUACAAGGGAACUCUAAAAGAUAACCGUUUUGUCGCAAUCAAGAAAUCCCAGAAAGUAGAUGAAGGACAACGGGAGGAAUUUAUAAAUGAAAUGGUGAUUCUCACGCAGAUUAAUCACACAAACGUGGUGCAACUAAUAGGAUUUUGUUUGGAAACUGAAGUCCCAUUGCUAGCUUAUGAAUAUGUCUCAAACAAUACCCUUCAUUACCACAUCCAUAAUAGAAAAAAUGGUACAAGGAGAUUGCCUUGGGAUACUUGUCUAAGGAUAGCACAUGAAUCUGCUGGUGUACUUGCUUAUCUACACACAGAUGCUAGAAUGCCCGUCAUACAUAGAGAUGUUAAGUCUACUAACAUCUUGUUGGAUGAAAAAUUCACUGCAAAAAUUGCAGAUUUUGGUGCUUCAAGGCUAGUUCCCUUAGGUCUAGAUGAAGUCGUUACUCUGGUUCAAGGAACGUUUGGGUACUUAGAUCCUGAAUACUUUCAAACAAGCGAAUUAACAGAUAAAAGCGAUGUCUAUAGCUUUGGUGUGGUCCUUGCAGAACUCUUAACAGGACAACACCCCCUCAAUAAUAAAAGAUGUCUUAAGGAACGAAAUCUAGCAACAUAUUUUUUGAAUAUAGUAAAGGAAAAUAACUUUCUUGAUAUUUUUGAACAGGGUAUAGUGAAGGAGGCAACUCUUGAUCAACUUAAAGCAAUAACCAUGUUGGUAUGUAGGUGUCUUAACCAAGUGGGUGUGGAAAGACCAGGCAUGAGAGAAGUGACUAUGGAGCUUGACACAUUGAUAAAGUUGGGCUUGGGGAAGCAUUGCGUCGUUACUGAAGACAAAUACAGUGAAAAAAGUGGUAACACAGCAAUAAUGGAUCCAAGCGAUUUUUAUACUAUUCCGUUAAAGAGUAGUGAUUCUUUCGAAUAUAGUUCUAUCACUAGUGAAAUUCAAGAAAUGAUGCUUUCAUCACGAAGUGCCCGUUAA